CCUCCCUCCCUGCCUCCCUCCCUCCCUCCUGCCGUCCGCUCCGCAGCAGCAGGACAGAGGUAGUUCAGUUUUUGAAGCCGUGGCAUGAAUGAUCUCAUCUGAACCUGAUCUCCGCUUUCCCUGCCUGUCGAUCCUAUGACCGAGACGGGAAUAAAAUAACACAAACACGAGGUGAGUACGGGCUCAACCCCGAAACCACCCGGCGAUAGUCGUUGUUAAAAAAAAAAGCAGCUACCCGGGCGACCGUUUGUUGUUUUUAUUAUCGGAGGAGGGGGAACUUAAACAGCCCCGAGCCGCGGAGAAAAACUCUUGUUUCUGGGUCUAAAAAGGAGGAAGGACCGCGGAGGAUGUGUGGGUGGGCGCUAAUUAGCUCUACGAUAGGUAGCGUUCAUUUAAUGGGGAAAAAAAAAACAUUUUUAUUUGUGAAUAAAAGGGAAUUACCGUAAAAGGCUAAAAAAAAAACCUGAAUGCCAAAGCUUUUUGUGCCGUUUUUUUUUUUUUCAAAUUCCCGUUUUCACUCAACGUCUUAGCUUAGCUAGUUAGCUCGCCCGCUAGCCGCUCAUAAGCGUAGAGUGGGAACCUUCAGCCGAUAGCUAGCCGGUUAGCUCGCAGCUACUAGCGCAAAAUGGCCUCAUUGUCGCUCCGUAGCUCCGAUGCUGAAAAAGACAAAAGCAUGCGGCAGCUCCGAGCGGCGCUCUGCAACGGCUGUAACGGCUCCAAACCGGCGGGGACAUGGCGGUUAAGUUCGGUUUUUUAACGGGGGGUAACGUGGGGACGUGAACGCCGCCGUGUUUGUGCGGUUUUGCGUUUAUUUGUUGGUUUUAAACACGACGCGCUGUGUGAAAGUGUGCAGUGGGGGAUGGGUCCGUGCUGCGAGCCGUUGACGUAAAGCGAAGCUCCUAGCAUAAUACACCAGAUCCGCUUCUAGUGCUCAUGUUUGUGUCCUACUCCGAGUGAGCAUUGCUUGUUUUAAUGUUAAUAACUGUGUGAUAUUAGUGUCUGACUCCGGGAGUAUUCGCGUAAUUACAAUUACAAUUACAGUAUUUUUUUUUUUUUUUUUUUUUUUUGCAAUUGAUUACUCAUUUCCUGAUAUCUGCUCAUGUUUUUGAACAUCAAUGUGUGUCAGCAUUUUCUUGUUAAAUCUUGUUAUAGUGUGACUACAAUUUGUUGCAAAAGCACCUUUAAAUAAGAGCAGGAUCACUGUAGGUUUACAUGGAAAACAGGGUUUUUUUUUUUACUCUUAAUGAUCUGUAGUUUACAUGUCAAUCAAUGCAGUUUAAAGCACCUAUAGCAGACAAAAUAUGUCUUUAAAUCAGUAUGUAUAUUAAUGGUAAGUUCUGCACCAUAGCGCAGUAACCGUGCACGCUUAGGUUUAUAAUGAAAAUAAAAAUUAAAAACAUUUUAGAGGUUUUUUUUGUUCACUUUCUGGCUGUAGUUUUUUUUUUGGUGUAAAUGUCAUUAUGAGGUGUUUUUUUUUGUAUUUUGUGUUAAUGUAAUUGUGUCCGUCCAGUUUUGGGAACUUGACUGCGAUUUAUUGAGCAAAUAUAAUCGACUUAUUAUCUGAGAUUGUGGUAGUUAAUAUCACAAUCAAUACACAGUCGUACGAUGUAUGUUUGUCUGCUACAGGCGCGAGAGUCCAGUCUGAUCUGGGUCUUUUUAUUACCUUAUUAUCUUUAAUACAUUGACUAUUACUCUUGCGGUAUAUAUUAAAUUAAGUUCCAAGUAGAAACUCUGAGAUUUAACCCCAAAAUGCUAAACUAUAGGGUGUUCAAAAACCACACAUUUCUUUCCAAUAUACAUGUAAAUAGAUAAUCUGUCAUGUCCCAAACUGUUUUUUAAUUCUCUGUGCAGUGUGCUUUCUCUCAGGUUGUUGGUCUUUCCUGGUUGUAUUUUCAUUCUCUAUUUGAAUUUUUACACAUUGUUGUUGUUAUUGUUGUUGUUGUUUUUCCUUCAGGGAGAUAGUGCUCUCUAGUGUCUCUUGUUUAACAGGGCCCAGCACAAACGCACUACACAAGAAGACAGCACAUGUCCAUAAUUGUUUUCUCACCCCUUUUUGUAUUUUAGAUCUCCGGGUACCUUCAUAAAUGACUUUUCUCCUUAUUCUGUCCACUGUCAGGAAAUGUUAUUCUGUAUGCAAGCGAGGACUCAAAGACCUCCAGGUUCCCCAAAGCCAUUCGGCGAACAUUAGCUCCACUUCUUUUUCCUUUCUUUUUGUGGUAUGGGUUAAAAAUAAAACCGCUCCUCUGAUCAAUCAGGUGAAAACAGUAGCUGCAAUUUAAUCUUUCUCUCUCAUUUUAUGUCAGGUGUUGAUGUGUGUAAAGGAGCUCAGUACCUCCCUCUAUCGAAGUAGAGCUUACAGUCAGUUCCUAACUAGAAAUCACUACAUUUUUGAUCACAUGUGUUGAUUAUGUGUUGAUUAAAUGUAAAGUGUUCAAUCUAUGUGGUGUUUUUCUUUCAUCCCCGUUCUUGGCUGUGAAAUCUUGAGUGCUACAGUGUGUUAAUUGUAAGAUGGCAUGUAUCUCCCACACAUUAUGGGGGCGUUAGUCUUGCCUGGCCCCCUAGGAUGAAACUCUAAAGAAACACUAAUCUUUGUUGGUGCGGAGAUGAAUUGUGAGAAUAACAGCAGAAAAGUUGGUAGUUUUUUGUUUUUUUUUGUGAAAUUGCUAACAACUCUUUGUUGUUUCUGUUCUGUGAACCCUAAUGCUAUGCUUUUACAGCCCCAACAAUACUAUUUUUCUCUUUGUAUCCCUGGUUUGUUACUUUUUGUGAUUAUUUUUGUAAAAAAAUGUAUCACAAAUAGACAUUUUGAAGCAAGUGGAAUCAUUCACCCAAAUGCCCUGCCCACAGGUUUUAACACAGAGGAGACACAGCCGGACACUGAACACUAUUUUUUCUGUCCGAUGGAAAAUUAAAAUGCCACAGGCUGCUCUCCAGAGCUCAGUCUCCUAUUUACUUGCAUCCCGUUUAUUCUGGGGGGAGUCAGAGAGCCUUUAAUGUUGGCAGGAGUGUUGUUUUGUUCCUGUAAGACAUGUGUGUGUUCCCAAACGGUGUGUUCAUAAGGAAGUUGACUCUACUUUUCUCCCCCCCCCCCCCCCCUCAGUGAAGAGAAAGUGAAAAUCUUGUUCUACUAGUUUUUGAAGCGUGUCGUGUGUAGACCUGGAAACCUGAUAUCCCUUGUAAAUAUUAGUGGGUCAUGGUGGUACAUUUGUAUUUGUGAAUAUUGUAAAUGCUGUUAUUUUCCAUAUUCUUCUCACUUUUACCCCUUAAAAGCACCUUAUUGAUUAGGAUAUUUUCUUGAUCACAGGUGGCAGUGGGAAAGAAUAAAAGUGCACUGAUCAUGUAAUUUGAGUGCUGUUUUUGUUUUCUGACAAAGGUCUCUCUAGUCUGUGCUUACUUUGAUGCAGCGUCGGCAUUUAGUUGGUAACCAUGCUAUUUUCGGUGGCUCAGUGGUCUGUUAAAAGUGUGGUUGUUCCGCCCAGCAGGAGUCUUGCCUCAGACUGGCCUAAAAUGGGCAGAAAUGGUGCUGAACAAAAGCUGCUUGUCGCUCGUACAAAAGUACUUGAAGCGUUGCAGCCGGGACCAAGCUGCAUUGCUAUUGCCUGUGCCUCUCAACAGGAAAGGUAUAGCAAACUUUAAGAAAAAAACUACAACAAACAAUUUACUGUUUACUGUAGUUCAUGAAGAGUUUUUUUUAAAUCUGUAGAGUUUAUUGAUAAAGUCACAGCUGCUGUUGAGCAGAUUGUAGCUCCCUCAUGUCCAUACACAAAUACUACACCACAUAGCCUCAUUACAUCACACAUUCACAUAGUUAAUUACAUGGCACUUAUUCUUUUCACUAUGAUCUUAGCUAGUGAAUUCAGAACAGUAGGCAUUUUGUGUGUUUGUCAGAGUGAUAAAUUAGUUGAUGCUGAGAUGAGUGUUGCCGUUUGAUGUCUGACUGUGUUUCUGUCUCCUCGCCAUCACCACAGAGAGACAACAUGUUCCCGAAGGGCACCAAGCGCAAGUUCUCAGACUCCGGGGAGGAGCCUGUCUCCAGCGGUGACCAGAGCCCGCCGGCAGCUUCGUCUGCGGUGGCUCGGACGCUGUCGUCGUCCUACAGCCUCCAGCGGCAGUCGCUGCUCGACAUGUCGCUGAUCAAGCUGCAGCUCUGCCACAUGCUCGUGGAGCCGAACCUGUGCCGCUCGGUGCUCAUCGCCAACACAGUGCGGCAGAUCCAAGAGGAGAUGACCCAGGACGGCACCUGGCAGAUAAUGACCCAGGCCCUGGCCGCCGCGCAGUGUCCCGCCGACCGCCUGGUGGCCACCGAGGUGUUGUGCCGGCAGACGGACGCAGCGGCUCAGGCCGGGCAGAGCCCGAAGCCCUUCUCGGUGGUCGGUCUGGAGGAAGGCUACCACUCCGAGGAGGUGGUGAUGGACGGAGACGUGGAGACCGAGGUCACCAUGUCCACUCUAUCGCCCGUCUCCCCCCAGCUGUCCUCUGCUUCGUACCUGGCGGGUCCCUUUGGCAUGGGGCCCUGCUGGGAGGAGGAGGAGGAAGACGGUGAGUGCGAGGAGGAUGAAGAGGAGGACAGCGAGGAGUGUGUGUCGGAGGGAGAGGAGGGAGACCGGGACCACCUGAGCGAAGACUCCAGGACAGGGGAGCAGGUUUUUGGGACUUUUGAGAUCAAGCACCCGGCGCCGCCCCCUGACCCUGCGCUCGAGGAACUGUUUUCAGACGUGGACCCAUCCUACUAUGACCUCGAUACGGUGCUCACAGGCAUGCAGGCCGCCCCGAAGAUGGGGCCUUACGAUCUGCUGGAGAGCCUUUCCUCUCACGGGCCCACGACCCUGAGCUCCAGCUCGAGCUGCAGGUCAGACCUGAACGAACUGGACCACAUCAUGGAGAUCAUAGUGGGAUCCUGCCGCCCAGGAGCUCCUGCGCUCCGGCUCUUCUCCCCCACUAACCCCCGCCCUCCUCCUCGGUCCUCCGCCUCCUCCCCCCGCUGGAUGGACCGAACAUUCCUCAUAUUCCUGCGGCUCGACAGCAGCGGAACGCGGCGGCGGAACGAAACGAAGCGACGACACGACGGAUCCACACACCUCAUGACACUUUCGAAGAACACGUCGAUGUUGGGUCGCGGUGUGAAACGGAAGUGGAGCUGCUUGGAGGAGCUGGAGGCUGAGACGCUCCCCACUGCUGCAGAGAAGGAGAAGAAUGGGGAGGAAGACAAGGAGAACGAGGACGGGUUCCUCGUGGGUCCGUCCAGAUCCGACAUGACCCACCUGCAGCAGCGUCAGCUGGUGCUCGGCCUCUGCUUGGAGAAGCUCCAGCACUACCAGGCCGGGGUGGAGCUCAGUCUGCGGCGCUCCGUGUUGCUCAUCAACACGCUCAAGCAGAUCCAGGAGGACAUGCAGAGCGACGGCGUCCACACUGACUCCUGCCUUCUCAGGGACGACUUCAGGGAGGACAUGCCGGUUACAUGCCCUGGGUGUGCAGAGGACGAUGGGGACAACCUUUCUCCGCCACUGUCCCCAGAGUUCCCCUCUCAGGAGGCAAACAGCUCGCCCGAGCAGCAGAAAUCCCUUCCUGCUGCGACGGUGAACGCUUUUAGUGAUGCAGUAAACACCAUGGGCUACCUCAGCGACCUCGCCCUGGACGACAUCUUCGAGGACAUUGACACAUCGAUGUACGAGACUUCAGAUCUGCCUUCCGCCUGGUCGGCGGGCUCCCUGUGGCCCGUCAGCGUCUCGCUUUGGGCAGACGAGGACGUUAAAAUGCGCUCGUCCAGCCACGCCUCAGCUGGGAGUCUCCAGUCGUGUUUGACGGACCUGAAUGAGCUGGACCACAUCAUGGAGAUUCUGGUAAAGUCUUGAUCGCCAAGACGAACUCUUGAACAUUUACUGCACUUGGUUAAUCAAGAAUUUGGAGCCUGAUCACAGUUGCAGAGACGGCGACAGUGUGGUCGGGGAACAAGGACUGACGUUGGGUUUUUAAGGCUCCAUCUGAUAUGUUUAAAGCUUCAGCUAGUUUCAGGUAGAAUAAACACUAAUUCUUGUGCACGUAACUCAGUUGUUAGGAGCCACCCAACAUCCUGAGUUAUGUACAUGAGCUUGUGCCUCAAAUUAGACAUGAAAUAUUUAUUAAAGCGGAUUAAGAAUCCAGUUCAUGAGAUUAAGAAACAUAAAUGAAACUUCCACUCUUAAACACUUUUACACUGUUUUUCUGGUUGUUAUAACUGUCUGAGCACACUUUAAGUGGUGUGAAGGCACGUAUGGAUAUUUUUAGAAGUCCCAGUAGAAUUACAUUUUAUCUAAUAAAAAUUACUCCUGACAUUCAACAAAAGAGACGAAUUUGUGCAGCGACAGUAGCAGGAAACAGAUCUGCAGUUUGAGUAGUGGGUGAAUAGUAAAAGUCAGACAAUGCAUGCCUAGACAGAGUCGGUUUGUGUUGUAACAGACAGGAUUAGAUAGCACAUAUUGAUGCUUCAUAACAGUGUAAGAGUGUCUAAGGUGGGUAUUGCUUAAUUUGGUGAACCUGUAAAUGCAGAUGGAACCUUAAAUGUCCAGUCUCACAGUGUUUGUGCCACUUUUCUCUCCUGUUUUAUUAAGUUUUAUGAAGGAGCUCUGUGAGUGAAUCCACUGCACCUGAGCUGCCGUUUGUUUGUGCGCCAGUCAGGCUGUUAGAUCAGACCUUGGUUGAUUAUUAAUUGAAAUCCCUUCAAUUACUUAAGAGGGCGUGCUUUAGUCAGCCAGGAGGCCAAAGGCCCGGGUUUCCUUUUUCAGUCUGUGAGACUGACUGGUUUUUAAUGGGUCUACGUGGGAUAUUUAAACUAGAAACUAAAAUCAGCCAAAAGUCAGAGGGUGGACAGUCUGUAUAUUUAUUUGGCUUGUGAAAACAAGAAUGUGACUGAAUUUGGGGAUUUACCAGCCAAAGAAGUAAGCUUCCAGUCCCCGGAGAUGAAUGCGACAUUCGCAACGCAUCGGAAGAAGCUGGAAGGAAUGGAUGAGCUCUUGUUUCCCCCGGUAGAGAAAGGGUAAAGUUGUUGUUGGAUCGCCUUUUAUCUAAUAUUAUUCUUAUUUAUGAAUGAAAAAUCAACCACAAACUGCAGCAGAUAUUAUUUGUUCUUUGUAUGUAAAGUCUUUUGGUUGGGUGUGAGUGUAACUUAUAAUUUAGAUCCUUUACGACCUUUAAGACUGUCAGUGUGUUGGCUGCCAUGUCUACUGCUUCUUCUGACACAAACUAUCAGAGCCUGUAUAAGAAAUCUACUACACCACGAGGUUGAUGCAAACCGUUUAUCCUUCUCGGCAGCUUGUAUUCACGGUAAAUGCAAACACGCAGCAUAAAACAUGUAUUUUACAGUAAUGUAAAUCCCAGUCUGGUUCUGACUGAGGAGCUGAUCGCCUCAAGUCAACAAUCAGGGAAACUUUGCCAUGUCUCAGAAUUGUAAAUGAUAACAGAAGCCUAUGUAUUUUUAUGGCCAUGAUGGUAUGAAUUUUUAUUGUAAUGUUAGGAGUUUUUUUAAAGCGGUUUUAUAUGUGUUUCUACCUGAAAAAACUCCAAUCACCUGUCCAGUAGAAGAGAUACAGUGAGUGAAGCACUGCGAUGAAGCAGACGUUCGACCUUCACUAUCUGUGGUUUACUCUUGUUCUACCUCCUGAUGUCUGUUUGUUGUUGGUUUACCUGGACACUCCUGUUUUACACCGUGAGCCAUGGACUGUCUGUCACUGAUAGAAAUCAUUUUGUGUUGUUUAUUUCAUCGUUUUUAACUCGGCUGAAAAUCCAAUCCAAUGGACUCCAAUGACUUCCUGUCAGACCAAAGUGAUCCGUCCACAUCUCCAUCUCUCGUCUCAUGUCGACAACGUGCCUUACUACUGAACCUAAUUUUUUUUGUGGUUGUCUGAGCUCCAGCUUCAUUGAUAAAAACCUAAGAACUGUGGCGAGGUGUUAUACAGAGCACUGAAAGCCAGAACCAUCACCGUUUUCUCUUCCCUCUUCUCUGCCUUUUUCUGUGCUCUGUGAACAACUAGUGGCAUAUGAGCUUAAUGUAUCCUGACAGGCUGACAGCGAACUAGCUGAGGGAGGAGGAGGCAGCGAGGGCCAGGAGGGAAAAAUAAGAGGAGGAGGAGGAGGAGGAGGAGGAGGAGGGGUGGGAGGAAGCCGCUUGCGUCACUUGUUCAGUAGGAGGAGUUUAGAGCUUGUUUUGCUCAGACUCAGACUACCGACCAAUCGCGUGAGAUGUACGAGGAGCAAGAUUGAUGUACGGGGAGCACACUGCUGCUCCAACAACAACUUGUUUUUGCUCCUAAUGGCUCUGCACAGAAACACAGUGUGAAUCUGUUGGAUUUCAGCCUGUGAUAUAAAUAUACUUCUCUGUUUUUCUUUUCCCAUUUACAUAAUCUAUCUGACAGGACUGAAUAUGAGAAGCAGAAAGCUGCGAGUGUUAUUUAUAAUUGUAUGAAAGUACAGAGUGUCAGGAGGGUCUGUAAAGCACAAGCUGUAUGUUGUUGAUGCUGAUUAUGAUAUAAAUGUAUCUGAAGGAUGAGUUUGAUGAUAAUUAAUAAUGUAUUGUAUUUUUUUGUGAAAUAUUUUAUAGAUUUUAUUCAAUAAUACAGUAAAAAUACCCUAAAUGCUG